CGGUUAGACCCCUUUACUGUCUAUGGUCAGACCUCUUAAUCAGUGCAAAAAGUCGGUCGAAUCUCUUACCUAACCCGUGCAGACACAGAAACGACCAUGCCUUUCAUUGAUUUGGAAUCGAACUUGCCAGCAAGCAAAUUUACGGAGGAGUUUUUGAAGAAAUUAUGCACUGCCACCGCCACUGCGCUUGGGAAACCGGAAGAAAGAAUGAACCUGGUGGUUAAAGCGGGACUACCCAUGCUCAUAGCCGGAUCCUGUUCGCCGUGCGUGAUGCUGUCCGUGUCCGCUAUCGGCGUUACUGACACGGCGGAAAAGAACAAGGAGCACAGUGCAAAGAUAUUUCAGUUCCUUACCGGGGAACUGGGCUUGACCGAAGACCGGAUUGUCAUCCGGUUUUAUGCACUGGAACCAAUGCAGGUGGGCAAGAAGGGGACAGUAAUGAGCUUUCUGUGAUGUGAAGGUUGCUUGCUGUGGGAGUCGGAUGAAAUGAAAAUGCCAUUCCUGGUUUGAGGAUGAGAAACGACAAUUAACACUGAUAUCAGUUGUUUAAUGUUGGACAAUGUUCUAGCCUACUUUUUUCAGUAGGCCUAAGCUGAUAAGGAUAUCCCUACUAUUUAAACUGAAUUGAAUAGUUUCUUUAGAAGGCCUACGUGCCAUAGAAGAUUCAAUUCUGACUUUACAAAUAAAUAAAACUGACUGAAAUUGUAUUUUUGUUUGUUAAAUAAACUAAUAAUUUUGACAUCA